UCUUCCUCUCUUUUUUUCUUUCUUUUUUAAAACAACCUUCCUUUAUCUUUCCCCCUUUUUUUUAUUAGAUUCCCUUACUCUCAUUCAACAAUCAUGGUUUGGAAAGGUGCCAUCAUUUCAGCUAUUGCUUUCGCUAGUGUCAACGCUGCUACAACCAACUACACCAGUUCUGUUGAUCCUACUAAAAUUGAUAUUCCCAAGAUCCCUCAAACUACUUCUUAUAACCCUACUGAAGAAUGUACUGCCUAUCAAUCUCCUGUCGCUUGGAACAAGGCUGACUGGCCCAAUUCUUGGGAAAUCGCUACCUCUAACGGAAUGAACAAGAGCGCUGAAUUCCAAGCAUUGUACAAUUCUAUUGACUGGUCAAAGGCUCCCAACUUCCCCGUCAGAAAGCUCACUGCUGCCGGUGGUCUUGAUAUGACCGGUUACGACACUGCUACUGAUCCUGCUUGUUGGUGGUCCAGCACUACCUGUAAGACUCCUAAGACUUCUGGUAUCAACGCUGACAUCUACGCUUGUCCUGAACCCGAUGUCUGGGGCUUGACUUUUGAUGAUGGACCCAACUGUUCUCAUAAUGCCUUCUAUGACUAUCUUGAACAAAACAAGCUGAAGGCCUCCAUGUUCUACAUUGGUUCCAACGUCAUGAACUGGCCUUAUGGUGCUCAACGUGGUGUCAAGGACGGUCACCAUCUCGCUGGCCACACUUGGUCUCACAGAUUAAUGACUACCUUGACUAACGAAGAAGUUCUUGCUGAACUUUACUUCACUCAAAAGGCUAUUAAGCUUGUCACUGGUGUUACUCCUAAAUACUGGCGUCCUGCCCAAGGUGAUAUUGAUGACCGUGUUCGUUGGAUCGCCACUCAAUUGAACUUGACUGCUAUUCUUUGGAACUUGGAUACCGACGAUUGGGCUGCCAACACUGUCGCUGGUGUCACCACUCAAACUGUCAAUGAUAACUACCAGUCCUUCAUCAAGAUGGGUUCUAACGGUACCUUUGCUAGCUCCGGUAACAUCGUUUUGUCUCACGAAAUCAACAACAUGACCAUGGACUUCUUCAUGCAACACUACCCCGAAAUCAAGAAGGCUUACAAGCAUGUCUUGGAUGUCGCUACCUGUAUGAACAUCACCAACCCUUACCAAGAAUCAACCGUUACUUUCCCUACUUUUGCUCAAGCCAUUGGUGGUAGCUCUUCUAGUAACAGCUCUGUUGCUCCUGGUGCCUCUGGUGCUCCUGCUUCUGGUGCUUCUACUCAAUCUGCUGCUGCCAAGAGUGCCGGUAACUCUGUUGCCAUCAACAGCUCUCUCUUCAUUGCUGCUCUUUUUGGUCUCUUGGUUCUCGCCUAAAAGCGGUCUAUACACCCUUAAUAUAACAAAAAUCUAAUAAUGUAUUAAAACUUUGACUUGAUGUAAACCUUCUCGUAGCAUGUAUUCCCCCCCUUUCUAUAUUUUUUUAAAGCACAUUUUUUAUUCCUUUUUUAGAAAAUGUAUAAAAUCCUUAUUCUCCUGGAUCAACACAACAUGCAUGUCGUCUAAUAGUAAAUUGAUCGCAGUAUGAUCGUGUAACAUUUCGUUGUAAUGUAAGAGAAAGAGAGAGGAUGUAUUGUUGUAUAUAUAAAAAAAGGUGGUCUCCGUAACUUCGGUUAUUUGAAAAAAUAUGUGAGCAGGUUAGUAAAACAUCUCGAUACACGAGUUUAUGCAUACACGACAAAAUUCUUCCUCCCCC